AUGGAAGCUCUUAUUAUGGAGGAUCACUCAUUCGAACGCAACAGUAGGGAAUGUGGUUUUAAGGCACGAGACAUAGCUGGUGUGAAUGGAGAGAGUUCGAAUUUAAUUGGGGAAAUUGUUGAUCGAAUACAGAUGGAAGAAGCUCUAUCGUCACUUACAUUCAAGGGCUCUGUUCCAGAAGCCAUCUUUGAAGCUAAAAGGCAGAAGAAGCUUUUUGUUGUCUACAUCUCUGGAGACGACGAAGAGUCAGAUAAGUUGAACAAAUUGACAUGGCCCGAUGCAUCGGUGGCAGAGUCGCUGUCCAAGUACUGUAUAUUGUUGCAUAUUGAAGCUGCAAGUGUUGACGCCACAAACUUCUCCGCAAUAUACCCAUAUUCAUAUGUGCCUUGUAUAGCUGCCAUUGGAUUCAGUGGUGCACAAGUUUGGAAAAAUGAAGGAUUUAUUGCUGCUGAAGAACUUGCAUCCAGUUUAGACAAGGCGUGGGUGGGACUUCAUAUCCAGGAAACAAUCCUUUCAGCAGCACUUGCAUCAAAGAACUCAGAGCAACCUGCCUCUUGUGCUACUAAUGCUGUCUUGCCUUCUCAAGGUGGUUCUUUAGAUGCAGCUGUUUCAUCUCAGUCAACGGUGACAUCAGAAGAAACCAAUGAUGGCACAGUUGCAGUUAAGGGGAAAGAAUCUGCUGAGCCGAGUAAUGUGUGUGAUACUAGCAGUAAUCAGCCAGCUUCUUCUACUGAUGGAACAAAGGCCAAUGUUGAACAUGGAGCAACAGAGACUUCCUCGCGUGUUCAGGCAAAGAAGGAGCCAGUUCGUCCUGCAGCCUUAAGACCAGAUGAUAAUGCAUCCAGCGUUCAAUCUUCUACCGAUAGAAAAAGGAAACAGGGAAUAUUGGUCAACAAAGCUGAUAGUGGUUCAGGUGUUAGUGGAAGGGACAUUAGUUUAGCAAAAUCUGUUGGCACAAAAGAGGACACAAAGCCUAAGGAAGAAGGAGGAGAGGAAGAAGAUGGAGAAAGUUCCAAAAAGUCAUCUGAUGUACAUUUAAACAUUCGUUUACCUGAUGGUGGUAGCCUUCAGGAGAAGUUUUCUGUGACAAGCAUAUUGAGAAUGGUCAAGGAUUUUGUGAACAGUAACCAAACAAUCGGACUUGGUGCUUAUGAUCUUGCCGUUCCUUACCCUCGUAAGGUAUAUAGUGACCAAGAUUUGGAUAAGUCUCUAUCCGAGUUGGGUUUGUUUGAUAGACAAGCACUUGUAGUGGUUCCGCAUAAAAGAGCAAGUGUCUAUCAAAGAGAACCAUCUUCCUCUGAGUCUAACAACAACACAGACGCUGAAAACCUUAACAAUGGCGGUUACUUUGCGUAUGUUAGAAGACUGAUGUCUUAUGUAAAUCCUUUUUCAUAUUUUGGCGGUGGAACUGCAAAUCCAUCAAGCUCUGGACCAGAACGUCAAGGAGCGAAUCCGGAGGUGAGAAACAAUCUGGCGCAAGCUGGCUUGUCGUCGUUUCAAGAUCCAUCGGAAGGUAGGAGCAAUGUUCGGAACAGGAGACCAACCACUUCUCGGAUCGGAAGUAACAUCCAUACUCUAAAUCACGAUGAAGAAGACGCUCCGUUUGGUGAUGGAAACGCGUUUUGGAACGGAAACUCCACACAGUAUGGUGGUGGAAGCGGAGGAGACGGUGAUGAUAGGCGAUGA